CUGAUUUCCGGCCGCUCGCCUGCUCGCCCGGCCGCCCGCCAGUCCCGCUCCCUCCCUCCCGGGGACCCGGAGGAGAGGGGACCAUGCCCGAGCCCGGGCCGGACGCCCCGGGCACCGCCAGCGCGCAGCCCCCGCCGCCGCCUCCGCCGCCGCCCCCGCUCGCCGCACCCAAGGAGUCCCCGUUCUCCAUCAAGAACCUGCUCAACGGGGACCACCACCGGCCGCCCCCCAAACCGCAGCCGCCCCCACGGACGCUCUUCGCGCCGGCCUCGGCCGCCGCCGCCGCUGCAGCCGCCGCCGCCGCUGCUGCAGCCAAGGGGGCCCUGGAGGGCGCGGCGGGCUUCGCGCUCUCGCAGGUGGGCGACCUGGCUUUCCCCCGCUUUGAGAUCCCGGCGCAGAGGUUUACCCUGCCCGCGCACUACCUGGAGCGGUCCCCGGCCUGGUGGUACCCCUACACCCUGACCCCCGCUGGCGGCCAUCUCCCGCGACCUGAAGCCUCGGACAAGGCCCUCCUACGAGACUCCUCCCCCGCCUCGGGCACCGACCGCGACUCCCCCGAGCCGCUGCUCAAGGCAGACCCCGACCACAAGGAGCAGGACUCCAAGAGCCCCGACGAGAUCAUUCUGGAGGAGAGCGACUCGGAGGAGGGCAAGAAGGAGGGCGAGGUGGCGCCCGGCGGCGGCGGGGCCGGGGCGAGUGCAGGGACGGCAGCUGCGACGGCGGCGGCGACGCCGGGCGCCGAGGACUGGAAGAAGGGCGCGGAGAGCCCGGAGAAGAAGCCCGCGUGCCGCAAGAAGAAGACGCGCACGGUCUUCUCGCGCAGCCAGGUCUUUCAACUCGAGUCCACCUUCGACAUGAAGCGCUACCUGAGCAGCUCGGAGCGCGCCGGCCUGGCCGCGUCGCUGCACCUCACCGAGACGCAGGUCAAGAUCUGGUUCCAGAACCGCCGCAACAAGUGGAAGCGGCAGCUGGCCGCCGAGCUGGAGGCCGCCAACCUGAGCCACGCCGCGGCGCAGCGCAUCGUGCGGGUGCCCAUCCUCUACCACGAGAACUCGGCGGCCGAGGGCGCGGCGGCCGCGGGGGCCCCGGUGCCGGUCAGCCAGCCGCUGCUCACCUUCCCGCACCCUGUCUACUACUCGCACCCGGUGGUCUCGUCCGUGCCUCUGCUCCGGCCGGUCUGAGGCCCGAGAGAGGGGAGGGAGAGGGAGC